AGUCGCUCUUCUUACCUGGCUUGGUGAUUUAAUUUGGUCUGUAGUUAGUUGCUGAACGACUUGGACUGACUACUGAAAUUCACUUUUUAGUAGAUGGUGAUGAGCCGACUAGAGCUUCAGGAACGUUUGGCUGCUAGAGAUUAAAAACAACAACAACAAAACCCAACCACCACCAGAUGAUGUGAAGUUCAGCAAAGGCAUUAAAGAUCAGCCGCCACUUGGAAGUACUAGGUCUUCAACACGUGGUGUGACAGGAGCCCUGAAUCAGAGAAGCAGGACAUUUCGUGUGGAUCGGGAAUCUACGUUCUGGAAAUGACAGAGAUGCAAGCCUUACAAUCUGGGACCAAAAAGAGGGUCCUUCCCUCCUGGAUGACAGCCCAGGUGGCUGAGAGGAAGGGGGUGCCGGUGAAGACCCCCAAAAGGAGGAGAAUGCAAUUGCUAUCAGCAUGCAGACCUGCAGUGAAGACCGUGUACUUCAUGAACGAAGCAGAGUUGGUGGAUGUGGCGCUGGGCAUCCUGGCUGAGGGCCGCAAACAGGAAGGGCCCUGGGAACAGCCAGCUCUGGCGGGCUCUGAUAAGCCACCCCGCCCCCCCUCCUGCCCCGUGUCACCGCACACAAGCUCCCCUGGGAGCAGCAGCAGCGAGGACGAGGACGGUGGGAGCGAUUCGCCUGCCCCAGACCUCAGCCCUGCGCAGGAGCAGGGGGCCCCCAGCGCCACCUGCCGCGGGGCCCCCGGAGAGAAGGAAGAGGAAGAGGAUGCAUUAAAGUAUGUCCGGGAGAUAUUUUUCAGCUAAGGGAUGAAAGUUCACGUAGAAGGAGGCCCUGCUGGUGACUGCGGCCUCUCCCAGACCAGAGGCACUGGAAUCACGAUCACCUGUUUUAUUGGGCUAUCGGGAUCCAGAGAAAAGUGAGGCCCUGGGAUCCAGCUAAUUGGAACUAAAGAGGGUCAGAAUUUGAGGAAAAGUGUGGCUGGUAAGAGCUCUGGAGUUUCUGGAACGCAGUAAGGCCUCUCCCUAAGGAGGAAGCUACACUAAGCAGUUCCUACCAGAGAUUUUCCAGAAGCAGGCAUUCACCUCUCUAGCUAGCGGGCGGGACAGGCAUGAUGCCACCGUCCCCUGCCCCCUGGGAGCAGAGCUACACCCCUGGGCCCCUCCGAGCCACGCAGACCAUCUCCCCCGGCCGCCAUCUGUCACCCGCCUGGCGGCCUCUGAAAAGCAAGAUGAGAACAGGAGCCUGGAGAUGGUGCUCCGGACCAAAGAUCCCGGCUGAGACCACGUUUCUGCCUCUGUAUCCAGUGUAGCUUUUCAGGGCUACAGAAUGAACUAUGCCAUUGCCAGAGUUUUUUAAUACACAGGUGUCACAAAUACACAGAAUUUCUCAAUGCA